AUGGGUACGGAGGCUAGACGAGUUCAUGAUUUCACUUGUAUAAACCCUCUUGAGUUUUAUGGUUCUAUGGUGAACGAGGAUCCACAAGAGUUUGUUGAGGGUAUUUACAAGAUCGUGGAUAUUAUGGGAAUUGGUCUGGUGGAGAAGAGUGCAAAAACCUCCUUGUUGAUCAAAGAGAUGGACAUAUCAAGGCUGAUGACUCAUGACGAGCAAAUUGAUGAUGAGAAGCUUAAGGAGAGUGCUAGGGAGGCUAAGAGGGCCCGGACUGAUAGUGGUUCAUCUUUCGCUAGUGCUCCGAUUCCUAAGUUCAACAAGGAUAGGCAUCCCUUUCCCACUUGUCAAAAAUAUGGUAAGAAUCAUCAAGGGGAGUGCAUGGCCGAUAAAGAUGGUUGUUAUAGGUGUGGUGAGAUUGGACAUAAGAUGAGAGAUUGUCUAACAACUUCUAGGAGAGGUAGGGAGAUGUCUAGGUCUAUAUCUUUAGGUAACCCAACCCAAGAAGGUACUUCGUCUGAUCCUAGUAGCGGUUAG